CCCGAGCGACACCGCCGAGCGUCACAAAGCCACGAGCCCACAAAAGAGCGCGCAACCCUCUGCGUCCCGGUGCCGGAUCGCCCAUCUCAGCUCCACCAUCAUCACCCGCCACCAUGUCCAGCGAGGAGCUGGCCCGCAAGCUGCAGCGCCGAUUGAGACUAGAGGCGUUGGCCGAGACCAACCACGGCGUCCCCCAGCCUGCACCCUACGCUGCCCCGGCGGGGGACCAGGAGCCUGAACCGCCUGCCCGGGCGCCCAUGGCCAGCGCGGAUUCGGAGCUGAGCGCCCAGCUGAACCGCAGGCUGGACAUCCACCAGGGCGCAGCGCGGUCCCGCCGCAGCAAGGUCUUCAACCCCUACACCGAGUUCCCGGAGUUCAGCCGCCGCCUCCUCAGGGAUCUGGAGAGCAUGUUCAAAAUGUAUGAUGCUGGAAGGGAUGGCUUUAUUGACCUGAUGGAGCUGAAGCUCAUGAUGGAGAAACUGGGGGCUCCCCAGACGCACCUGGGCCUGAAGAGUAUGAUCAAAGAGGUGGAUGAGGACUUUGAUGGCAAGCUCAGCUUCCGGGAGUUCCUGCUCAUUUUUCACAAAGCCGCUGCUGGUGAGCUGCAAGAGGACAGUGGGCUGUUGGCAUUGGCCAAGCUUUCUGAGAUUGAUGUUGCCCUGGAGGGCGUCAGAGGUGCCAAGAACUUCUUUGAAGCUAAGGCCCAGGCCUUGUCAUGCUCCAGCAGAUUUGAAGCUGAGUUAAAAGCUGAACAAGAUGAGCGGAAACGGGAGGAGGAGGCUAGGAGACUCCGCCAGGCAGCCUUCCAGGAGCUCAAGGCUGCUUUCAGCACAUAGUCCUGCUGACCUGACCUGACCACAGCUGUGCCUUAUUGACGCCCUGGAGGAGAUGACCAGAAUUUUCACACUUUUUUCCUGUCUGCCUGAAUGACACA